UUCGAGCGUGACGAGCGGUCACGUUUUGUUGAGCUCCCUGAUCAAUCUUCUAAAUUUUACUUAUGAACGAGAUCGAAAGCAUAUAAAAUGGCUAAAGAUGACUUACAAAAACAACUGAAGAAGGAGAACGAUGAAUUGAAAAAAGAAAUCGCAAACUUACGAGAGGAAUUCAAAAAACUCGAAGACAAGAUGGCUUCGGCCCCGGAGUCUAGAGAACUCGAGAAUAGUGUUGAGUUCUUAAGUGGCGAAUUUGACAGCAUGAAAUCCGAUAAGUCCAGUCUCCAACAAGAUCUCCUCCUUCUUAAGGAGAAACUUAACGUGAUAAGCACCAGAGUCGAUCUUAUUGAUGAAACCAUGGAAAGCCUACUGAAGUACAGCUAUCAGUAUAAUCUGAAAAUAAUGGAUGUACCACGAGCUCAGUCCGGUACCUUUGAAACUGCAGACCAAUCCAUUGAGAUCUGCCUAAAUAUCUUUCGGGAAAUGGGGCUAAAUAUUUUACAAUCAGAUAUUGAUAUUGCCCANCUUUUUUAUCUCGUCUUCGGCGAAGACGUAACAGUGGUACCAGAGGGCGUGGUUUUCGUAGAAUAG